GUCAUUGUCUUGUCAUGUCAAAAUUGUCAAAUAAAGUUGGUCAUUUUCCGCUUUGUUUGGUGAAUAAUCAUUAAUUACAUUAUUCAUUAAUAUCUUAAACAGCGAAGCGAGGCUCCAAUUUCUUUGAUAAUAUCUGAAAAUCAGAAGAUAUAGUUGCUAUGGAACUGUUAGAUGUUAUGAAAAAUUUAACCAUAAAACAAGCCGAUGAUUCUCAUCAGCUGCUUAGAUCUGUAGCUGCGAAAAUUAAUGAUGAACACACAGAAAUAGUUUACGCUGAGUAUUCAGACAGUAUAUUUGUGAUAAUUUCACAAUAUCUAAAGAUUGGGAGUAUGAUCCAAGUACAAAGAGAUCAAAUCCAUAGCCCUCUCGGUACUAAUGACAUAUUCACAACAAAAGUUCUUUUUGGUGCCACAGGAGAAGAACAGCAAGUUGCAGCAAGAUUUUUGGCAGAAGCUCUCAAUAUAUCCAAACCACUGUGUAUCUUCAUCAAUUUGAGGUCUUAUAGUAUUGAUACAGUGAAAGCGUGUAGGGAUAUCAUUAAAGAUCUCAAGAAAGACGAAAAUGUCAGUUGUUAGUCUGAAAAGAUUUAAACCUGCUGAAAAAUACUACGGCCAGUUAAUACUAGGGCCCCCAGGAGCAGGUAAAACAACAUAUUGUUGGAAAAUGUCAGAGCUACUAAAAAAAAUUGGUAGAAAAGUGGUUAUCAUAAAUUUAGACCCAGCAAAUGACAUGAUGUCCUACAAGCCUGAUAUAGACAUUAAGAAUUUAAUUUCACUUGAAGAAGUAAUGGAAAAGCAGUGCCUAGGACCAAAUGGAGCAUUAUUAUUUUGUAUAGAAUAUCUGGAAAAGAAUUUGGAUUGGUUAUUAGAUCAAAUAAAAGGUGAUCACUCAACAAAUUACAUAUUUGACUUACCUGGCCAAGUGGAGUUGUAUUGUCAUCAUGCAAGUCUUGGAAACAUAUUUGGCAAGUUAUCGAGUGCAGCUAACAUACAGUUAUGUGUAGUUCACCUCAUAGACUCGCAUCAUUGUUCUGAUGCCGGGAAAUUCAUAGCAGCUCUGAUGCUGUCACUAAGUGCUAUGCUCAAAAUCGGCCUCCCGCAUAUCAACCUUCUGACCAAAACAGACUUACUGAAGAAACACAUGGACAAAUUACAGUUUGGAAUUGACUUCUAUACUGAAGUUCUUGAUCUGAACUAUUUGCUUGAGUCACUAGAGAGUGAUAGCUUUACAUCUAAAUAUAAUAAAUUGAAUGCUGCCUUUGUUUCCAUAAUAGAAGACUACAGUUUAGUGACAUUUCAGCUUGUGAACAUGAACAGUGAGGAGAGCCUGGUCAAAGUUAAACAUUCAGUAGAUAAAGCCAAUGGUUAUGUAUUUCAAGCCGAGGAAGGCAGACAUAUAAAUAGCAUGCUUGCAUGUGCAAUGGGAGUCAAUGAUGAUAAGUUGGAUGAAUUUCAAUAAAUAUAAUUUUACA